AAAGGCACAGGCAGCAUGGCAAAAACUCAUCAGACACUUGAAGCUCUUCAGAAUUCAAGCUGCUUGACAGAAGAAAAAGUCAGAAAUCUGACUGAUCAACUGAACCCGCUCUGAAAGAGCUCUCAAGCAAACUCGUUGCUGGUCCAUUCUCAGUAGAAGAGAUGGCCCCUCAACUCCAAUCUCAGCCCCAGCACCCUCUGAAUGUGGUUCAGGGUGAUCUGAGCGCCUUGAGCCCUGCAGUGAGAGACUUUGUUGAACAAAGUGCAAAGCUAUGUCAACCAGACAAGAUCCACAUCUGUGAUGGGAGUGAAGAAGAGAACAGGCAGCUUCUGUGUCUGAUGGAAGAGCAAGGGAUAAUCAAACGCUUACCUAAGUGUCAGAACUGCUGGUUGGCUCGCACAGACCCCAGAGAUGUUGCCCGUGUGGAGAGUAAAACCGUAAUUGUGACCCCUGAACAGAGAGAUACCAUUCCCAUAGCGAAGAGCGGGGUCAGCCAACUUGGGCGCUGGCUGUCGGAGAAGGAAUUUGAAAAGGCACUCGCUCUACGUUUCCCAGAAUGUAUGAAAGGCCGUACAAUGUACCUGAUUCCAUUCAGCAUGGGACCUGUGGGAUCACCUUUGUCCAAGAUCGGGAUCCAGUUGACAGAUUCUCCUUAUGUCGUGGCAAGCAUGAGGAUCAUGACUCGCAUGGGAUCAGCUGUACUGGAGACCCUGGGCAAUGGCCAGUUUGUCAAAUGCCUUCACUCAGUCGGAUGUCCUUUACCUCUAAAGAAACCACUGGUCAAUAACUGGGCCUGCAAUCCUGAGCUAACUCUGGUCGCCCACAUCCCUCAGCGCAGGGAGAUUAUUUCAUUCGGGAGUGGUUAUGGAGGUAACUCGCUGCUGGGAAAGAAGUGUUUUGCUCUUCGCAUUGCCUCCCGGAUUGGUGAAGAAGAGGGCUGGCUUGCUGAGCACAUGCUGAUCAUGGGAGUAACCAAUCCUAAAGGCCAGAAGAAGUACCUUGCUGCUGCAUUCCCUAGUGCUUGUGGGAAAACAAACUUGGCCAUGAUGAAUCCAACAUUACCCGGUUGGAAAGUCGAGUGUGUGGGAGAUGACAUCGCCUGGCUGAAGUUCGAUGAGCAAGGUAAACUAAGAGCAAUCAACCCAGAAAAUGGCUUCUUUGGUGUAGCUCCUGGGACAUCUAUGAAGACAAAUCCAAAUGCAAUGCAAACCAUCAGCAAGAACACCAUCUACACCAAUGUGGGAGAAACCAGCGAUGGGGGUGUUUACUGGGAAGGAAUUGAUGAAACUCUGCCCCCAGGUAUCACAGUGACUUCAUGGAAAAACAAAAAAUGGAGUCCUGAUGAUGGAGAACUGUGUGCACACCCCAACUCCAGGUUCUGUACUCCUGCCAGACAGUGUCCAAUUAUUGACCCAAACUGGGAGUCUGCUGAAGGGGUCCCCAUUGAAGGAAUUAUCUUCGGAGGACGGAGACCAAAAGGUGUCCCUCUGGUUUAUGAAGCUUUUAACUGGCAGCAUGGAGUUUAUAUUGGGGCAUCCAUGAGAUCAGAAGCUACAGCUGCAGCAGAACACAAAGGUAAGAUCAUUAUGCAUGACCCUUUCGCCAUGCGGCCUUUCUUUGGCUACAACUUUGGGCGGUACCUGUCACACUGGCUCAGCAUGGAGCACAGGACCUGCUCAAAACUUCCCAAGAUCUUCCAUGUCAACUGGUUCCGCAAAGAUAAACAGAACAACUUCCUGUGGCCGGGUUUCGGGGAGAACUGUAGAGUCCUGGAGUGGAUGUUCCGGAGAAUCGAGGGAGAGGACUGCGCCAAGAUGUCUCCUUUGGGCUACAUUCCGGCAGACGGUGCCCUCAAUCUCAAUGGUCUCGGCCACGUGAACAUGGACGAAAUCUUCAGUAUUGAAAAAGAAUUCUGGGAAGAGGAAAUCAAAGAGAUCCGAAAAUACUUUGACGAUCAGGUCAACACUGACCUUCCCUGUGACAUGGCCAAUCAGCUGUUGCAGUUAGAACAAAGAAUAAAUCGGUUGUAACAAUGAGCAAGUGAUGUAGGCAGUAAGGGAAAAAUAACAUGCUUAGUUCAGAUAAAUUGUCCUCCAAUUACCAUUCUGGGACUCUUUAUUUUUGUUACUAUGAGUUAGAUUGAACACUGCACGUGUUUAGGAAUAAAAGAGAUUUUAUCGUUUACUGUAACAUUUUUUACUUCAUGUCAGUGGACUCAGGGGGAAAAUGAAAUAGUCCUUUUCAUAUCCAGGCACAGGGAGUUCUACAGAAUGACCAUGUGUCUCUUAUGUUAACAGGUUCUUUUAAAGGGUAUAUUAAAAUGCUGACUGUGGCCUUAGGUUGUGCAAAGGAAACAAGGCUUUAACCUGCUCUUCGAGUUUGUGGAUUUGUGAAGCCUUAGAUUUACCAAUACUUUCACUACUUGCACAGAUUAUGCUACAAGAAAAGAUAAUAGGUACAGCAUGCCUUGAUUAUCAAUUCUUCAAAAGUUGUACUUUAAAAUUUGGGGUAUAAUGAUUUGGAUAGUUUUGUAAUUGAGACUGAUGAUAGCACAUCUACAGCAACUUGGUUAAAACAGGAGUACUGGUUAAAGGUGGAAAAGCAUUGUUUAUGCUGUGGAGAAGAUUGCACUGCUGCUGUGAUUCCCUGUAAAUCCUAAUACAAUGCACAUGUCUAAUCCUUUUCUAAGAUUGAACACAACUGCAUUGGAGAGCCUUUCAGAUUUCAGGCUCAGUCUAUCGUGUACCAGCAUUGCAGCUUCCAGCAAAGAAUGCAGUGUUGUGAACACAUGCAGUAACACAGUUUGAAGUAGAUAACUUUCAGCUUUAGUCUUUUUUAAAAGUUAGAUCUGAUAAAAUUAUUAAUUUACAGAGAAAAUCGAGUCAGAACUGCAGUGAUGUCAUUGUGCUACUGGUUGAUCCUUGGUUUGUAAAUAUAUCCUGGUCCAGCCUUGGACAAGAUAUGCACUGGGGAUUAACAAUGAAGAAACAAACUUAAAUCACCUCCUGAAACAGAAUUACUAAUCUUUUCAGAUUCUAAAUUAUUAUUCUGUAAUACAUUUUAAGUGUCUGUAUGUUAUAAUUCAAAAUAUUUCCGCUGGAAAGGUCUUUGUUUAUAUACAAUGUGUUUUAAAAAAUAAAUUGAUUUUUUUUAUUUGAAAA